AUGGCGUGUCGGGCGAUGGGCCACCAGUGCCCAACCCGCACGGUGGUGCAUGGGAGCACGCGGCUGCCUGGCCGAACAUCCCAGCUGCUGCAGCCGCGGCGGGCAGUGGCGCAGGGGGGGGGGGGGAGUGGGAGUCGUAGUGGUGUUGGCAUGCACGCGUUCAUGAGUCCAAGGGUGUCGCUGGACGAGUUACGCAGUGCUCUCGUAGAGUUGUUUGCUGAUGCGGAUCUUCCGUUUCGUCUUGUCGACCGAGCUUCGUUCCGUCGAUUUGUCGCCUUGCUGAAUCCAUCGGCCAAGGAUUUGCUGGGGUCACGUUACCGUUUGGCACGGGACAUGCAAGCAUUCAGUGAGGUGGCUCGAGAGGAGCUGAGGCAGGAGAUCGUUGGCGACGGUCUCGCGGGGAGGGUGUCCCUUAGCACGGACAUCUGGACCAGUGAGAACCAUACAGCUUUCAUGUGUGUGACCGUCCACUGGAUCACCAGUGAGUUCAGGCUACGUUCGGGGAUUUUGGAUUUCGUGCAGUUGGAGGGUUCGCACACAGGGUCUCUCAUAGCAGAGACCCUCGAGCGCAUCUUGACCGAGGCUGGCCUGCAGGAUGUAGUGUUUGCUGUGACGACGGACAAUGCGGAGAACAACAACAAGGCGAUGCGCCUUCUGUCGGGGGACCCAGCAGAGGGGCCAGGGGCCUGGACAGCUAAUCCACUGCUCGACAUUGGGCGUCACGUUCGCUGUCUUGCACAUGUCAUGAACAUUGCAGUGCAGGAGGCAUUAAAGUUGGAUGAUGUGAAGGAGGCGUUGAAACGCAUACGGGAUGCGUGUUCAUACAUUGGAUGGCUACGCGAGAAGCUCGACAAAAUACGUCUCAGUGACGUCCACUGGGACGCGCUUGUCGAGCUGAAGAACUUUCUUCAGCCCUUCCACUCGAUCACCAAGGUAGCUGAGGCUUCCUUGUACCCGACAGCUGCAGCGGUGGUGCCGCUGUACAACCAACUGCUGGACAAGAUGGAAAUCACCUACCGCGAGCCAGCCGUCUCACCCCUCACACAGGCCCUCAUCACCAAAGCCCUCGGCAAGCUGAAGAAGUACCCGUACGGCACCAAGGAAGAGUUGGCGAUCGCCACCUUCCUUGACCCCCGCUACAAGACAAUCUUCUUCCAGAUGCCCCAGUGGGAGGCGCUCAAUGCAGCGCAAGUGACAGAGGUGGGGGGAUGUGCUAGGAGUGUGCAGGGCGUGGAUGAGCCGACGGUGAUGCGCCUGGUGCGCGAUCGUUUGGUCGCAUAUCAGGAGAGAGUGCGCAGUCGGGGAGGUGGUGGUGAGGUUACGAGUGGCAUGGGGGAGGUCACUGACGGCGCUGGUGUUAGUGUUCAGGCCGCAGGGACCGCCCUCAUGGCUAUCAAGUCAUGGAUGGCGCAGAACACGAGCGGCAGGUCAUUGAACGUGGCAGGGGCUGCGCGUUCGCUUGUGGAGUUGUGCUAUGAGGCCGAGGACGAUGGGUUUUGA